AUGGCUUGGGAGCUCCUAGAAGUCAGCGAACCCGGCUACGCCUAUAUCAUCCUUGGCGGGUUCGUUGUCGCGUUCAGUGUGGUGUCGCUCCUGGUAAAGGAAAAGCUAUACAUCAAUGAAGUCGUCCUCGGGACGGGUUUCGGCGUGCUUAUGGGGCCACACUGCGCGAAAAUAUUCGACCCUCGCGGAUGGACUUCCGAUACCAACGCACUUACUCUCGAAGUCAUGCGUGUAGUACUCGCCACCGGUCUCUUCGCCAUCGGGGUCGAGCUUCCCGGCGCUUACAUGGCAAGGUCCGCCAAGAGCCUCAUGGUGAUGGUCGUUCCUACUAUGGCCGUUGGAUGGGUUAUAUCCGCCUCGUUUAUAUACGUCAUAUUCCCUCGUCUAAACUUCGUUGCCGGUCUCCUGAUCUCCGCGUGCCUCACGCCGACCGACCCUAUCAUCAGUGCAGCCAUAGUUGGCGGCAAAUUUGCGGUCAAGCAUGUGCCUCUCAACCUUCGUCGAUUGAUCGCCGCGGAGUCGGCAUCCAACGAUGGGAUGGCAUAUCCCUUCUUGACAAUCGCCAUCUACGUCUUGACUGAGGCGAACGCCGGCGUCGCCAUCGAGAAGUGGAUUGUACUAGGAUGGUUAUACCAAGUUGUCUUGGGUACCCUCCUCGGCGCCGUCCUCGGCUGGCUCUUCGCCCGUGUCAUGAAAUACACACAUCGCCAAGGCUUCAUCGACCGCGAGUCAUAUGUCGCACAGUACCUCGCCCUCACCGUCUUGACCAUUGGCAUCGCCUCAACUCUCGGCGUCGACGACCUGCUAGCUGCGUUUGCAGCUGGGAGCGCUAUCAGCUGGGACGAACACUUCAAUGUUCAAAUCGAGAACGAGGUCUUCUCGAGCGUCAUCGACCUAGUGCUGAACUGCGCGUGCUUCAUCUACAUCGGCGCGUGGCUGCCGUUCGACCAGUUCAACUCGCCUGAGCUUGGCGUAACGCCAUGGAGGCUCGUCGUACUCUUCAUCAUCGUUCUGCUCCUGCGGAGGAUCCCGGUUUUGCUAUUGCUCUACCGCUGGAUUCCCGAGAUCCGAUCCUGGCGUGAGGCGCUCUUCACCGGACACUUCGGACCUAUGGGUGUCGGUGCUAUCUUUGUUUCCACCCUCGCGAUCAUCAAAUUGGAAGAAUCUGCAGCUCGAACCGAGCAGACCGAGGUGCUCAAACAGACCAUACAUCCCAUCGUCACAUUCGUCGUCCUCUGCUCGAUCAUCGUUCACGGCCUGUCCAUCCCCUUCUUCUCCUUUGGGAAGAACGUCCGCGUCCGCACUGUAUCGCUAUCGCGCACCCUCACCGCCAACCAAAACACGCCGCCGGAUUGGCUCCUUUGGGCUCGCCGUCCAGGAACGACGUCAUCGAGAGCGCCCACUCGCCCAGGUUCGCCCGACAAUGAUGCGGAGCGUGGCGUCCUGCGGCAGCGAGGCGAAUCCGCACGACGUGGAGGCGAUGGAGAUGGCACUGGCGAAGACAUCACAGUAGACGACGGCUUUGGGGCACGAGAGAUGUCGCAAGAAAAUCUGGCGAAGGAGCCGCACAUGCCGCUUGGUGAGGCGGCCAUGUUCGUCGAAGAUGGACCAACCCAGACAGACACUGCUGCGGAUCAAGAAGAGCAGGAUAUCAGCGAGGAGCCUGUCUCGCUCUAUGAUCAGAAGCAACCAGUCCACGACGAGGAGAUGCGGGAGACGAGCAUCCACGAGGAGCCCGAGCCCGAGCGUGAAGCACGUAACGUGCGCUUUGCGCCCGCAUCUGAAUAG